AUGGUCAAAAAAGGCAAGGGAAAGGCCAGUGGUGGUAUAGAUCUCUCAGAUCCCAUGCCAUCUGGCUCAUCGAAAGACCAAACUAAGGGCAAGAAGGCCCAAAAAGGCGGCACUUCUACUCCUGAAGCGCCGCCCGCCUCAGGUCCCCCCAAACCUACGGUCAAGCAACUUAUUGGCGGUUCUUCAUGGACGGGAAAGCUGCCUGUCAAUCUACUUAGCGAGUAUUGUCAGAAGCAACGCUGGGAGAGGCCCGACUAUGAUACCAGAAAGACCCCCGAGGGGUUCUCUGUAUGGGUUACCAUGAGUGCCAAGGAUCCCAAGACACAGCAGAUCACCAAACUCGACCCUUUUAAGAUUCCAGCAACACACAAACAUUUGAUUAUGCGACCCACAGCCAUAGAAGCCAAGCAUGCUGCGGCUACAUAUGCGCUCUUCAGAGUCUGUAGCAUGCAGAACAAGCACACAGUGCUUCCACCGGAACAUAAAUCGCUAUGGAAAGAUUUCCAGGCCCUCAAAACACAAGAUCUCAAAGAAGGGAAGGCCUGGAUGUAUGAGCCAGACCCAUUCAAGGCACUCCAGGAGAGACAGGAGGCCAAGGCUGUUGCAGAUAAAAAGAGGAAGGAAAUCGAGGCUGCCAAAGCCAAGGCCGCCGCUAUGCCUGGCGCGGCUGGUCUGGUCCUCAUGAGUAACACAGGUAAAGGAGAUGGCCGAUCGUCAAAUAUCAUGAAAGGGUGGAGCACAGCACCCAAGGUCGAGAUGGGCAAGAAGACAAGAGCUCAGUUGGAAACUCUACUACGAACCGGCGUCAAGUGGAACCCAAAUGAUGUUCAGAUGUCGAAACCCCAAAAAGAGGCCAUCAUUGCUGAGCUCAGCAGACUCAGCUUUCGCAGAAGCCAUGUUGAAGAGGCAGUAGAAUAUUGCAAGGACCGGGAAGAGACACUCGAGUGGCUACUCAUUCACGUUCCCGAAGACGAUCUCCCUAGGUGGGCUUUGCCAGAGAGCUAUGCUGCUGGAGUCUCAGUCGGUGCAACAAAUCUGAGACGAGAAGGCAUCAUCAAGCGACUCGCCCAAGCAGGCUACUCUCUCGAACUAACGACAAGGGUGUUGGAUGAGCAAGGGAUCGACGAAGACAAGGCCGCCGAGACGUUGCAGAAUUUACUUUUCUCAAGCGAGUCCAAGACUUCUGACGAUGCUGACUUCUUAGAUCUCGGUUCACCAGAAGAACAAUGGGAGGAAGAGGUUGGGAGCCUGGAAGCAAUUUACGGAGACGGGUUUGAGCGCGAAGGUGAUAAUGUCAUUCGUAUCAAACUGGAUUCCGUCAAGAAUGGACAACAGCUUGUUGACGCAUCGCUUCAAAUCCGACGCCCGGCUACCUAUCCUGCAAAUUUGAUUCUUUCCAUCGUGGCCAACAUCCCGUCUUAUAUCAAGCUCAGUAUUAUCCGAAAGGCGCUCGAGUACAUUGAUGAGUCCUUGCGUGACGAGCCCAUGAAAAUCUACUUAGCUAUGGAUUGGAUUCAACAAAACAUCAACAGCAUUAUCGAAGAUCCUGGAAAGCUUGUUGACAUUUCCGCGGUUUCUUCAGCUGCCGCCGAAUACAAACCAAUUGCAGCCGUUGCGCAGAAAAGGCGGCCAACCCGUGCGCCCAAGUUGAUAAAAUGGGUCAAGGACGAAAAGAACCGUGAGCACUGGCUUCGAAGACAGGAGUCAACCUCUUUGAAGAACAUGAUUAGCAAGCGCCAGAACCUUCCUGCGUGGCAGAUGCGCGAGGCUAUCAUUGGCACCGUCCGGAGCAAUCACGUAACUAUCAUCAGUGGAGAAACAGGUUCAGGUAAAUCUACCCAGUCCAUGCAAUUCAUCCUGGAUGAUUUGUAUGCCCAAGGGCUAGGUGGUUGUGCGAACAUGAUUGUCACCCAACCGCGCCGAAUCUCGGCACUUGGACUUGCGGACCGAGUGGCUGAAGAGCGAUGCUCACGAGUUGGCGAGGAAGUUGGAUACGCAAUCCGUGGCGAGUCUAAGAGAUCCAAGGAUACCAGGAUCACAUUUGUAACGACUGGUGUUCUUCUCAGACGAUUGCAGACCUCGGGAGGCCGAGUUGAAGAUGUGGUGGCGUCUCUGGCAGAUGUCAGCCAUGUCGUGAUUGAUGAGGUACAUGAGCGAAGUCUGGACACAGAUUUCUUACUCAACCUCAUUCGUGAAGUCAUGAAAUCAAAGAGGGAUAUGCUGAAGCUCAUUCUUAUGUCUGCUACACUCGAUGCGGCGACCUUUAAGAACUACUUUGCCUCGGAAGGACUCAGCGUGGGCACUGUCGAGAUUGAAGGUCGAACAUUCCCAGUUGAUGAGUACUAUCUGGACGACGUCAUUCGCAUGACAGCAUACGGCGUUGAGAGUUCUGACACCGAGUUUAUCAGCGGAGAUGCUCUAGGCAAGGUGAUUCAGAAGCUGGGUCAUCGUAUCAACUACAACCUCUUGGUUGAGACUGUCAAAGCCAUUGACUUUGAGCUUUCAUACGAGAAGAAGUCUGGUGGCAUUCUCAUCUUCCUCCCAGGUGUUGGUGAGAUUAACCAGGCUUGUCGCGCACUGAAAGUGAUCAAUUCCCUCCAUGUUUUACCACUACAUGCGUCGCUGGAAACACGUGAGCAGAAGCGUGUAUUCUCAAGCCCUCCGCCGGGAAAGCGAAAGGUUGUGGUUGCAACCAACGUUGCAGAAACUUCCAUUACUAUUGAUGAUAUUGUUGUGGUAAUUGAUAGCGGAAAGGUCAAGGAAACUAGCUUUGAUGUUCAAAGCAACAUGCGCAAACUCGAAGAGACAUGGGCAUCACGAGCUGCUUGCAAACAACGACGUGGUCGAGCCGGUCGAGUUCAAGAGGGCAGAUGCUACAAGCUUUUCACGCAAAACCUUGAGCAGCAAAUGCCUGAGCGGCCGGAACCUGAGAUUCGGCGUGUUCCCUUGGAGCAACUUUGUCUGUCUGUUCGUGCUAUGGGAAUCAAGGAUGUUGCUGGGUUCCUCGGCAGAUCUCCUACGCCUCCUGAUGCAACAGCUAUUGACGGCGCCAUGAAGCUCUUACGACGCAUGGGAGCUCUCGAUGGCGAUGAACUCACCGCAAUGGGUCAACAAUUGGCUAUGCUGCCAGCUGAUCUGCGAUGUGGAAAACUGAUGGUGUUCGGUGCUAUUUUCGGCUGUCUGGGUGACUGUGUGACCAUCGCCGCGAUACUGAGCACGAGAAGUCCGUUCAUAUCUCCACAAGAGAAGAGAGACGAAGCAAAGGAGGCCCGUAUGAGAUUUUACAGUGGUGACGGUGAUCUCUUGACCGAUCUUCAGGCUUUCCAGGAAUGGGAUUCCAUGAUGCAAGACCACCUGCCUCAGCGUCAAGUACGAUCAUGGUGCGAGGAGAAUUUCCUCAACUUUCAGACCUUAUCUGAUAUCUCCAAUACGCGUGCGCAGUACUAUACAGCGCUCGGGGAAAUCGGUAUUGUAGCUCCCUCUGAGGCCUCAAGUGAAGCUCAUGGCCGCGGGUCUAGUUCAGAUGGGUCUCAACUGUUGCGAGCACUGGUCGCGGCUGCUUUUACGCCUCAAAUUGCUCGUAUUCAGUAUCCCGACAAGAAAUUUGCCAGUUCUAUGUCUGGGGCUGUAGAGCUGGAUCCUGAGGCCAGGUUGAUCAAGUACUUCAGCCAAGAGAACGGACGAGUGUUUGUUCACCCUAGCAGUACCCUAUUCGGAAGCCAAGGAUUUUCUGGCAACGCUGCUUAUAUGGCAUACUUUAGUCUUAUCUCUACCAGCAAGAUUUUCAUACGAGACCUAACACCCUUCAACGCAUAUACACUCCUCCUCUUUUCAGGCCCUAUCGAACUUGAUACGCUAGGCAGAGGUCUCCUUAUCGAUGGGUGGCUAAGGCUGAGAGGAUGGGCACGCAUUGGUGUUCUGCUAGCGAGGCUAAGAGGCAUGGUAGAUGAGUUGAUUGCAAAGAAGGUUGAGAAUCCUGAGAUGAGUGUCAAGGAUGAUGAAGUUAUUACAUUGGUUAGGAAGAUGAUUGAACUUGAUGGUUUGGAUGCCUAG